AUGGAUAAAAGUAGUAAUAACUUUAUUAGUUAUGUUGGUAUGGAAGAGCAUGAGAUGCAGCAAAUAAAUUCCAGUAGGAGAAAUUCUGUGAAUGAUAAUAAUGUAAAACUGCUACCAGGUGAAGUAGUAAUAGCAGAAGCUCAGAGUGUGUUGAUGUUUUCACCAGUGAGUGAUUUAAAACAGGGUAUUUCGGGCAUACUCGCGGUCACUAAUUUUAAACUAACAUUUAUUACUACUGAAGAUUCCAAUUCUGAGGACAUAAAUCGUCAGCAAAAUCAUUUUUAUAGAUAUACAGACUCAUGCCUAACGAACAUCGACGAAAUUUACUUAAUAAUAGGCGAUAAAAAACGUAAAUUAAUGCCUGGUAGUACAGUACCCUCAAAAGUAAAGGGUAUUUUUAUCGUUUGUAAAAAUUUUAGGACGUGGUCAUUUUCAUUUAAAUUUUCACCAGUCGGUCACGGAAAAAAUUUAUUAACAACUCUUCUGCAUCAUGCAUUUCCUCGUCGGCAUCAAUUAUUAUUCGCCUAUGAUUACAAAGAACCGUAUUACAGUAGCGUAGAUAAAAAAGUAAAGCUAUUUCGCAGCAUGAGCGACUGGCAAAAUGAAUUAAACCGUACGUCUUGCAAUAAUGAGCAUACGAAAAAAAACUGGAGGUUGUCGUCUGCUAAUUUGCGAUACCAAUUAUCAACUAGCCUUCCAGAGUAUAUUAUAGUACCCGCUUCAGUGACAGACAGCCAAUUGACUGGGGCAGCCUCGCACUUUCAAGACAAUCGUCCUCCAGUAUGGUCCUGGUCGAACCGCCGCGGCGCGGCUCUGGUUAAGAUGUCUGAGUUGAUACCCACGAUAUCAGAACGUACUCAAGAAAAUAUUAUGCUGGAGAAUAUUCGAAAAAGCCAUCCCCAGAAGCUAGCAAUGGCCGUACUGGAUUUAAAUAAAGAUGUUAAUGUUAAAACUGUUGCCAAUGGAUUUUCUAAAUUUAUUUCUCUUUGUUCACCAGAUAACAUAAGACAAUUUUGGCUACAAGACAAUAAUUUCUAUUCGUUAUUAGAAAGUACUAAAUGGUUGAAAUUUGUCUCUUACUGUUUGCAAAAAGCCGUCGAAGCUAGUGACCAUUUAAAUUCUGGUACUUCUGUUAUCCUGCAAGAAAAUGCUGGAAGAGAUUUAUGCUGCGUAAUAUCAAGUUUAGUUCAAUUAAUACUCGACCCGUACUUUAGGACAAUAACUGGGUUUCAAACGCUGCUCCAAAAAGAGUGGGUAGCUGCUGGUCAUCCUUUUUGUGACCGUCUAGGUCACAUUAUUAAACCAAACAGUGAAAAGUCCCCGAUUUUUUUGAUCUACCUCGAUUGCGUCUGGCAAUUGUGUCAGCAGUAUCCAUCAAAAUUUGAAUUUACGGAAACUUAUCUAACAAGUUUGUGGGACACUGCUCAUGUAUCAAUUUUUGAUACAUUUAUUUUCAAUUGUGAAAGAGACCGUACUAAUGCAGCAACGGACAUUAACAAUCCGCUGGUUUUAAGAAGUGUCUGGGACUGGAGAGAACAGUUUACUGACCAGGAUAUUUUAUUAUUCUACAGCCCAUUUUUCAAUUCAGCCGACGAGGAAAAAUAUCUCAAGCCCCAGUUUAGUGUCUCUUGCCUCGAGCUUUGGACCCAGUGCUAUUUUCGUUGGAUUCCUCCGUUAGAAAUUCGAAAUGGAGGUAAAAAUCACUCAGAACUGUACGCCCGUUUGCUACAAAACAGCAUAAGUCAGUUAAAAGUAAACAUAAACGGGAAUUGCGGCUCGCCUGUUGACAAAAUAAAUACUUUUUUAGUGCAAAUGAACAUCAACAGUUUUUAUCCGUUCGGCAACAAACACUCGGGCAACACUGUUAGUACUCCGAUAAUGAAUAAUUCAAUGCUCAUGACCGAGAGUUUUAUUGACGCACAGUCAUUGCUUACUGCACCAGACUGA